UCCUUCUUCCAGAUGCUUGUUCUGUGAUGACGUUCUUUAGUUUUGCUGCUUGUGAUAGUGGACAGGACAGAAUCCUUCAAGCGCCAUAUGGGAGCUCAGUGUCGUCCUCGACAGACCAAUACGAUCGCGGAGCCAACUCGGAUGCUUUCAGAAUAUUCCAAUUUAUGGUAGCAAUCGCAUUUCAGAUAGAGAGUAUUCCACAUACGAACGGAGCACUUCUCGUAGUCUCUCGGAUUCAACGUUGCAAUAUAGCAACUAAUCCUCCGAGGGAACUUACCAAGGCACAAGACCAAGCAUAACUCCGUAGGAUUCUUUGCUUACCGUGCAACUGUGUCCAUGUCUCUGAAAGAUUGAAACACUACCAUAUAUACUCAAGGUUUGGCCUGUAAUGCCCUUCAACAUCUAGAUCGCCAACAACAGCACGAAGAAAUGAGAUACUCUAAUCCUGGCGCCCAUUCAAGUUGACAUAUAGCGGGCGUAAUCUGUGGUAUUUUUCUCCAUCACUGCAGCCACUUUCAGUAGGAGCUCAGCACGAUGGGCGGAGAGAUUUGGUUGCCCUAUUUUACAUCACUCCGUUGUAAUUGAAUCUUCCAUUUUGUACUCGAGUGCCAUGGAAGUGGUAGACUGCACUAGUGGCCUAUCGUCGAGACUUAUCUUUUUUUCAACUUCCAGCAUGUGCAAAGAGGCGCAU